GUAUAGAUUUACUUAGCACCAAACUACUUGCCCCACAAUUCCAUUCGCUCUGAUAGGAAACGCUUAAGGAAGUCGGUGUCAGCUGAUGUUCGUGAAAGUUUGGUUUAGUUAGCUAGCAAGCCUAGCUAAUCUAGUAUCUUGAAAUCUGUAGCAAUUUUGAGCGUUUGAAGUUUUACCCUUUUGCAGCAUGUUACGCCCAAAAGCGCUGACUCAAGUUCUCAGUCAGGCAAACACAAGUGGAGUACAAAGCACAUUAUUACUGAAUAACGAAGGUUCACUCCUGGCAUAUUCUGGUUACGGGGACACGGACGCACGAGUUACUGCAGCUAUUGCUAGUAACAUCUGGGCAGCCUACGACAAAAAUGGUCAUCAAGCCUUCAAUGAAGACAAACUGAAGUUUAUUCUGAUGGACUGUAUGGAAGGCCGAGUGGCCAUUACCCGUGUGGCAAACCUAUUACUGUGCAUGUAUGCCAAGGAGACUGUCGGCUUUGGAAUGCUUAAAGCUAAGGCAGAGGCUCUGGUGGAGUACCUUCAGGAGCCUUUAACUCAAGUGGCGGCUUCGUAGGAGGCAGAAUCUGAAACUGUUGUUUCCCCCAGAAAUUAAUCAUGUUUCAUGAAUAUUGACCUUGAUUUUAUGAAAGUCUGUUCUUUCUGGCUUUAUUUAUUUGCUGAUUUUGUGCUAUGCUUUUUUGUUUUGUUUUUGCUGUGUAGUGUACAUAGGUCUAUAUAUAACUUCUAAUGAAUCAAAAUCUUGUUAACUUGUGAUUUCUGCUUUUCCUUUCAUAUAUCUGAUGUUUUUCCUGGUCUUUCUCAGUACAUAUUGUGGUUGCACAUAACCAGUUAACCCAUAAAUGAUAAAUAUGAUACAAUCUUUUGUCAUAUACUUUGUGUGUCUCACAACAGCGCCUUAUAUAAAUCAAGUUGGUGAAAAAUGAAAGUGCGUUUUUGUA